AUGACGUGCUUUCUCCGCACGAAGGACGCAGGCAAAGGAACCCGCCUGCCGCAGUUAAGGCACAUGGAGUGCCUGCUGAUGUCACCUACACGUCGCACCGGAAAGAAACCCCCCGUGUGGCAAUGGGAUUACAGCGCAAACACUGUCGCUGCGGUCCCUGGAGGUCCAGUCACCGGCAAGGUCCAAGUCCAAUCUCACUACACGAGCCCAGACCCGGUCGAAGUUGUUACGGCAGCGGUGGGCGCACUGCGCGUCGGCACACCUGCUGCUGUGGCAUGUGGGCACCUCAUGAGCGACGCGUGA